AUGCCUCCACCAUCUACAGAGAAAAAUAACAAGGUGGUAAAGACCACCGCUGCCCAACAGUAUGUGCCAAAAGGGAGGACAAAAUUCAAGAAGACUGAAAAUAAGGUCACAACUGAAGUUCCCCCGAAAAUAGAAAUAGCUGAGAAGGAGAAGCAACCAAAGACAACCAAUCAAAAGGAGGUUAAUCCAGAUAGGAUCACUAUUAAGAAGGCCAUAGGAAAAUCUCCUUUUGAGCUAGUGUAUGGAUCUAAAGCAAGGACGCCAAUAAAUAAUCUACUUCCUGUAUACAAGUUCAUUGAUGAAAACAACCUACAAAUGUCAGAUCUGGUGGAGGAAAGGAUGGAUAUGCUUGCAGAAUUGGAUGAAAGCAGAGAAGAUGCUCACAAGAAGAACCUCAAGCUGCAACAAAAGAGUAAGUACCUAUUUGAUAAGAAAACAUCAGAAAGAAAAUUUGAAAUCAAUAACUUGGUACUACUUUGGAAUGCUAGAGCCCAAGAUAAGGGCAAGCAUGGAAAAUUUGAAGCCUUGUGGCCAGGGCCAUUUGUUGUUGCAGAGUAA